AGUAGUGUAAUGCCGUUGUGAUGGGGAAGUGUCAGUUCUUAGAAUAUUUAUGAUGUCUGUUUAAAAAUACAAAUUUAAUGUAACUUGAACUCCCACGAUUUUACAUAAUCAUGGACAUUGAUAUCGUUUUCAUCUCUGCAACAAUUAAAGCCGAACAUCGUAACUUAUCGUUAACCCCACCAACAUAACACUUGCUUCUAUAGCAUUGUUUUUCUCCCGUGGCUUGAAAGUGCGCACAGAGUGAAUUGCAGGUCUGCAAACUGAAGAAAGGUAAUGAAAUCUGGAUCAAUGUCGCUUGAACAACGAUGUUCACUCCUGCUUACACGGGAAGAAAAUGCUCAGGUACACAGGAUGCUGGGAAACAGGUGUAUGGCAUUGGCAUCUGCCGUCAUCCAGUUGUUUGUGUCAGAUCCACCGGAUCACUCGUCUUGGAGAAAAUAUGAUGCUGGUGUCUUGUGCCUUGUGAAAGACAAUUCACGGAAGUCUUACUUCUUUAGAUUAUAUUGCUUAACAAGAAAGCAGAUGGUGUGGGAGCAUGAAGUUUAUAAGGGGUUUGACUACAAGACACUGAGACCAUUUUUGCAUUCUUUUGAAGGCGAGGAUUGUAUGGUUGGGUUCAACUUUGCUAAUGAGGAAGAGGCUUCUUUGGUAAAGACUGUAUUAUUUGAAAAACUUGAAGCAAGGAAGCAACAUAAAGCAAGGCGUUCUCAUACCUCUCCGCAGUCUCGACAGGUUAAUGUGCACCAGACAGGGCCACUAUUGCCUGGAGAUAAUCUUCAUAUGGCCAAUGGAGUCAUCCCAUCUCGUCAGAUCCACAUUCCCACUGGCUCUGGCAAAAGGAAGGAAAAGGAUCCAAAAAGACGUAUAACAAAGGCUGAUAUAAGUGGUCCAAAGGAUUUCCGUCAUGUGACUCAUGUGGGAUGGGAUCCAAAUAAAGGAUUUGACUUGGAUAAUGUUGAUGAUCCUCAGCUGAAACAAUUUUUUGUUAAGGCUGGUGUGUCAAAUAGGCAGCUGCAGGACCGUGAAACAAGAGAGUUCAUCUAUGACUUCAUCAGUCGCCAUGGUGGCAUGGAUGCAGUUAAAGAGGAGUUAGUGACACCACCUGCAGCAAUUCCAACACCACCACCAGCAGCUGUGCCACCACCUGUUCCUGCACGAACACCAGUAGCUCCAGUACAACCUCAAGUACGAUCUGCACCACCACCACCCCCAUCACGAUCGACACCAUUGCCACCUCCACCUCCACCACAACAGUCGAGAGGAGUUACACCAGCACCUGUACGGACAACAGAGGCAGCGUCACCAUGUCCCCCACAGGCACCUCCAGCCCCGCCUCCACCUCCACCACCCCCAAUGUUUGAGUCAGCACCAUUGCCACCACCAGUACCAACUGUGCCAGCACCCCCUGUUUCAACUGGAUCAGAUCAACGAGCAGCUCUUAUGGAUGCAAUCCGCUCAGGAAAGACACUUAAGCAUGUGGAAGUUGAGCAGAAGAAAUCGUCAGGAGGUAGAGGAGAUUCACGUGGUGAUCUGCUUGACCAAAUAAGACAAGGCGUUGAGCUAAAAUCUGUACAGCCAAACCAACGUCCACAAGUUGAGGAGACACAGAAUAGCUUAGCUGGUGCAUUGGCUCGAGCUUUAGCAGAAAGGGCUCGUGUAAUUCAUUCAGAAAGUAGUGGAUCAAGCGGAGAUGAUGAUGACGAUGAUGAUGAUGGGGACGAUGAAUGGGAAGACUGAAAAACCUGAUAACGCCUGUUUCUUUAUUCAAAAGUUGUUUUCUAUUUAUGAGCUUACAAGUGCUAAAUUACAAACAUGAAUGUCGUUGCUUAAAGCCCACCCUCCCACUAAUUGUUAAUCUUCGCAAUGAACUGUUAAAUAUAUUAUGAAGAGGAAUUAUGCUCAGAAAUUGCUGAUUCAUGUAGUGUAUCAUAAAUUUGGAAUGGUUGAGUACAUAAGUUUUCUGCAGUCAGGUUCCUUGGGUUGUGCCUUAAGUUCGCUCUGAACUGGAAAUUCAUUGGUUAAUGCCUGUUUCUUUUCAUGAAAUGAGAAAAAUUCCAUUGCCCUUGUGUGUAAGUACUGAAACAGCUAGUUAGCUGUUACAAAGUAAAGUGGGAGAGUAACAGAACUUCAGUAGAAAAAGUACUAAUGUUAGGCAUCAUAUUGUUUUCCCUUUUUGUUGUUGAGGAAAAGAUUAGAGAAGCACAUCCCUUUUUGUGUGUGGAAAUUUUUGUUUGUCAGGCAUUGAUGAUAUUUUAAUGACCAUUGCAAUGUUCAAUGUGGAAUGGGAUGUGCUGUGCAUUGCUGUGAUUAAAAGACAUGUCAAAAAUGUUAGUUACUGUUGCUGUUUGUUUUCAGGGUUUACAUGUAUCUUCGCAUUCUAAAAGUUUUAGUUUUAGUCUCACUAGUAACUUUAAAUUUAAUCAUUCUAAUUAAAAAAAAUUGAACAGGUAAAAUGUAUAGAUAUGGUGUCCAAAAGAAAUUGUUUCCUACACUACAGAAAUUUAUUGAAAUUAAGGAAUUUCUUUACAUUGGUUAUGAGAGAUAUUACCACUAAUGUUUAUUUAAGUGCUUUUUUUGUGAAGUGUGAAUGUAUAAUUCCUGAAUUGCGGGUUUUGUCACAUGGCAGUCAUAAACACCAAAUAAAUAUAGUUAUAGUGCAGAGCAACAGUAUAUCUCCUGUGUGUUAAAUGCUAUUUUUUAAUGUGUUAUAUAUCUCAUUGAUUCAUAAGUGUGUGUGUGUGUGUGUGUGUGUGUGUGUGUGUGUGUGUGUGUGUGAGAGAGAGAGAGAGAGAGAGAGAGAGAGAGAGAGAGAGAGAGAGAGAGAGGAGGAGAAGAAGAAGAAGGAAAAAGAGUGAGUGAGUUUCUGAGUGGGAGGAAGGAGGAGCUGGAGAUAUACGAUUGUCACUAAUGGGCAUUGGUAAUUAUAAAAAUUUGAGAAUCCAAUGAGUUAGAAUUUUAUUCACAUUCAAAAAACUUGUUGGUGGUAGUUAACAUUCAUGAAACCCAUAGAAUACAUUUUAAUCUCUCUCUCUCUCUCUCUCUCUCUCUCUCUCUCUCUCUCUCUCUCUCUCUCAUCCAUCCAUCCAUCCAUCCAUCUUAUUCUUCUUGUACCUGUUGUGACAGUAGUAUGUACAUUGGUAUAAUCUUUUUUGUUUUCAAUGUAAAUAUGGAGCUGAAUUCGUCAAUGUAUGUAAGUAAUAAAUGUUUCCCAUCUACCACAUGUUUAAGUUCUUAAAACCAAGAAAUCUAAGCAACAACAUAAUUUUUGUUCUGCUGAUUAGAUUAGAAAUACUCUGUUUUUUACAUUGAUGGUGAGGAGAGUCACCAUGAUGUGGAACAUGUGAGAAAAACAAGAAUACAAAGUUCAAGUUUCUCUAUCACUUAAAGCUUGUGUACAAUCUAUCACACAUUUAUCAUGUGGGAAAAAGUGAUUUAACUGUUGUUUCCCUUGAUUUUGUCUGCAAACAUAAAAAAUUGUUUGUACUGUAAACUGUUAAAUGUGAUUAAGAAAAUUGUUACCGUUAUGACAAUUUAGACAUAGCACACCGAGAAAUACACUUCAGAAUUUUUAUUGUAAUGUGGCAGUAUGUUCAAAAGGUUUAAGUGAAAAAUUUGCAUAAAUACAAAACCAAGACUAGGAAAACUAUGGUAACAUUUUCAAGCUGAAGGCCUUGAGUGACAUUAGUUGACAUUGAAAUAAAAUCCACUUACUUUCUUUCCAAGACAUCACGUUAUAUUUUAAUGAGCUUCAAGAUUUUUCUAUUGCUUUCUAUCAGCAUAUCUAGUUUACAGUGUGUGAGUGUAUUUAUUUUUUUGCUUCAUAUAUCAAAUUGUUAGAUUUCCUCCAUCAGAACAGAAUGUUAAUGUGUUGGUAACACUAAUUGUACAUAUUAUUGUGAAACAGAUGUCUGUGAUAGUAUGUGUAUUAAAUGUGCAUAUAUGUUGUUAUAUACUCUGGUUGUCACAUGACCACUAAUCAUUUAAUUUCUUUAUUCCUUGCUGUUUUGGUACAUUUGUGCCCUUACAUAAAGUUUAUGUUAAUACCCAUAUUGAAGGACUAAGGAAACUUCAUCUGUUGAUGCAGGUUGGGCUGAGGUAUAUAUAUAUGGAGAUAAUUUUGAUUCUUGUCAGUUUCCAGCUUAAUGACUAUUCUAUGAGGUUUCAGGCUUGCAGCCAAAUGAAAUUGACAUUUUGCCACGAUGUACAUGAUGUAAAAACUCACCUGAAGAUGGCUGAAUGGUUGUCAGCCAAAAUAUUGUGGCAAGAUGUUGAUGUCAUCAAGUGUGAAACCUCAUUUAAUAUGCAAUUAAUUAUUUACAAAGGACUGAAUAUUUUUGUAAGUUAAAUUUCAUUAUUUAACUUUGGUGUCUCAUAUUGCUGUUUUAUAAGUGAUGUCAGAUGUUCAUAAAACUCUGUUUCUUCCCUUGCAUUUCACAGAUUAAUAUUUCAGUUAUAAAAAUACUUUUAAUCAGUCAUAAGGCUGCUUCAAAUCAUGAAAUCUGUUAUUGAAGCAGGAAGUCAUAUGUUGUGAUUCAAAAAGUAAGCUUUUAGUAAAACAAAAAACUUUUAUUGGCAAAUUACAUAAUGUAGCAAUUGGUGAAUUUUUUAAAACUCUGUGUUAUUGAAAUCUGAAAUGUUUAUUAUUAUUUGUGAAUGGAAUUUUAUUUCCUGUCCUGUACAGAUGAAGCAGCAGUUCAGCUGUGAAAGUCAUCAUGUGUAAAGUAGAAAUUAUUAGUCAGAGUUGCAACAAGAGAAGACAAAGCCUGCUGUCAUAGACUUUUUAAUACUUUUCUAAGAUCCUUGUGUUGAUUGUUGUUAAAAGCAGUUAAUUCGCUAAUAAACACAGAUCUCUUCAAACAA